GUAUAAAGUGCCUCUCACCUUCUUGCAUUUAGACGCUUGUAUAUUACAUUAACGUACCUGAGUAAGGAAUACCAGCAGCCUGAAAGAUGCUGAAAUCUCUGCGUUUCCAGUUGAUGGUGAUGGAUGCGUGACAAAAAGAAAGGCACAGAGGAACCCUACUGCUGUCUGCCCAACAACACAGCCGAUAUAAGGCUAAAAAUAAGUAAGGUCAGAAAAAACAAGUCUUCCCAAACUUGGUAUGAAGGAAGUGUUGAAGAUGAGGAGGAGGAAGAGAAGGAAGAAGAUGAAGACUUCCAUGUGGUGGAGGUUGAGGAUGAGCAAGUGGAUAGACAGAGCCUGGACAGUGCUUGGGAGGUCUCAUCUACGCUGGGACUGGAGGAGAUCAACGUGAAUCUGUUGUGUGAUCUGAACCUCUCAGAGCCAAGCAAACUGCUUAGCCUCAGUCAGAUACAGCAGCUCUCUCAGCACUUCCCCGACAUGCUGAGCAUCUGCAAUUGGAUGCUGAUCUAUCAAACACAAACCCACGGCAGCAGCCUCAGCACGCUGUACAGGAUGACCGAACAGCUGGACCACUGCAUGGUUCUGAUGAUCCAAGACACCUUUGGCCAGGUAUUUGGCGCCGUAUGCUCCGCCCCUCUUAGAGUGAGCUCCCACUACUACGGCACAGGACAAACCUUUCUGUUCUCCUUUUCCCCACAUCUACAGGUUUACAAAUGGACAGGUGACAACUCGUACUUCAUUAAAGGAAGCGUGGAUUCCUUGCUUUUCGGCGGAGGAAGGGGCAGGUUUGGACUGUGGCUGAACAGCGACCUGAUCCGGGGUCGAAGUCAGAAGUGCGACACAUUUUAUAACGACAUUUUGUCCACCAAAGAAGAUUUCCUGAUUAAUGAAAUAGAAGUGUGGGCCCUUGUCUGACUGAACGCCUCCAGAGGCUUUGUUCUAUUCUUAUCUGAGGAAGAUCAGACACGCGUCACCCCAGCUGGGGCGGUGUGAACAAAAACGGCAGCGUGAACCGUCACAGAUGGUGCCGGUGCCGGUGCCGGUGCCGGCAAGCAAGGGCUCACAGCGAUGACAAGGGAAAGCUUUUCCAAUAUGAAAAUGGUGCCUGUUACUUCAUGUGCACUAACUUGGAUUGAAACCCUAACUUGGAUUUUUGUGGCAAUACUGCCACCCAGAGGCCAACAUCUGGAAUGUAUGGAAAAGAAGAGUUUGGAGAAUUACCGUCUGGCACCACUAGAGAGUGCUAGGAGCAAAGAAAAAUGAGUUUGGCAUGGAUUUGACAUGAAGGGCCAGAUUACCAGUCCAGGAUUAAUGGUAAUGAGGUUGCGCAGUAAUGGGUGAAAUAUAUCACAUAGUAAAAUCACUGGCAUUACCACCAUGUCCAAGAAUAUACUCUUAAAAAAAUCUUCAGGGGUUCUUUAGUAAAGAGAGUGGUUGUUUUAUAGAACCAUGAACACUCCCUGCAUCCUUUGCAUGAUUUAAAGUGAUCCUUGUAUCAUGAAAUGGUUCUUCUGAUUGACCGAGAAUGUGCUGUAGAUGGUUCUGUAUAAAGAAAAUAGUAACUUAGUAUAUUAAAAUAAUGACUUACUGUGUUAGUAUAUCAAAAUAGCUGUCUUAAAAUAUUAAUGAAAUGAUUGUAAUGAUGACAUUACUAUUCUGAGAAAUUGGGAAAUGUAGUAUAUCAAAAUAAUUUGGUCAAGGGUUCUUUGAGUGUUCAUGGUUUUAUGUGGAACCAUUUUCUUCAUUAAGGGAUCCUUGGAGAACCCGUGUGUAGGAUUACGUCCAUAAAUCUAGCCAAAGGUGAGGCACCCAUUACCUCUAAACACAAACGACUGCAAUUAAUCCUUAAAUAAUUUCCGACAUAUUUUUAUACAUUGGAGUUUAGCACAUUUUUAUUACAUUUAAUAAAAAUGUGAAUGGGUUUGAUUCUGAUUGGCUGACGUGUAUUGUGCCUUAUUCACAAAGCAUUCCAGGCUGAAAAACGAGUGUCUGACACUUUAUUUUGAGUGAUCCUUACAGUUAAAACAAACACUCAACAGACUCUCAGUAACAUGUCAAAACAUGAGUUAGCAUUAGGUUUUGGGUUUGGGGUUAGGAUUGGGGCCAGGUUUAGGAAGAUGCAUUAAGUAGAUGCAUCAACAGAACAUCAAGAUAUUUACUUCAUUGUAUUCAGGUUCUUCACUGCUACUACUUCACUGAUGUUGCUGAUGUGCUACUUAUACUCUGUGAAGAGUUUAAUUAUCUACAAAGGAUCACUCUAAAUAAAGUGUUGCCACAACUUCUUAUAACUUCAGCAAGAAUGGGUGGGGUUUUUUUCUGCCAUUUUGAAAAACUUAUUCAAAACUUAAGUGGUACAUUUUAAAACUACAGUUUUACGUACUACGUUGAAGUGCUUUCUUUCAGAUGCAUAUGGAAAAUGUGGUUGUUCUUUUUUCCCCCCAUGAUAUGGGCCCUUUAAUGUAAGGAAAAUACAAGAUUUUCAAUCUAAAAAAAAAAAAAGAAAAAGUAAUGGCACCCGUUACUUUUAACUUGGCUUGUAUGUUCAAGUAAGACCUUUUCCGACAGUCAUAAAUCCUGACUGGUCUGCACUACUGAUGCACUGUCAAUAGCAUACAAACCUGUACUAUAAUGGAAAAUCCAAUGCGUCGCACCACAGCGCACUGUACUGCGGCUCGGAAAAUGAUGUUGCCAAGGGAACAGCACAGCAGCCGCUGCAAUUUAUAUGCAGUUAAGUCAGUCUUUCCAUGCUGACGGUGAACGCGAUGAUGGGACGGAGAGGAAGAUCACAGUGAUUCGGAAGGAUUUGAUCAAAGUCCCCUUUUUUUUUUUUUUUCUUUUUUUUUUUUUUUACCUUUUGUGUGCAGCAGAUGGCCUACAUGACAGAUGGAAUGGAGCUUCUGUUGCUGUCUGCCAGUUAUAGUGCACACCAGCGCUUUGAGUCAUUUAUAGCAAUUAUACGAUCGUUAUGAUGUGUACAUACAGAUGUUCAAAAGCUCUGUGCUCACGUUUCCUCCUCUCUUCUCUGUCUGUGUCUCUGAAGUGUUAAAACGACGAAAUUUUGUUCCUGAGCAAUCGUGUGUGAGUUGAUGGCUGAUGUGAUUGUCCUGACUUGUGGAAUGAAUGUCCAGUUAUAUAAAAUGGCACUGUGGUAAAGGUGUAGCUGUUUAAUUUGCAGUGUUUGUGUUAUAUUUGGACUCUUUAUCAGUAAUAGAGCAAUUACAAUGCAGUGUUAUUAAUAGUAGAAACUGAGUUUAGGUGUGUUGUCAUGGUUUGUUGCUGAUUUGAAACUGAUCUAAAAGCUGAAUUCUAUGGUGAUCUUGUUGUAAUCAAUAAAACUGUUCUGAUGCAAAUUGAA